AUGAGCAUCGUCAGCAGUGACGUUGUGGCCAUAUUAGAGCCAGGCUUCAUCCCUGCGAGAACGGAAGCUCGGGCAGGGAACAAAAGACGGCGCGCCGCGGCGUUGUCACGUCUAGGAGUUGAUAUUCUUUGUUUUGCAGUCCAGAAGCGGAUGAGACGUAUUUUAGAAGAAAUGGCAUAUAGUAUUGAGUCAAAGAAGAACGUUUAUCAAACACGAUUUAUCAUACCCACAUCUGUGUCACCCAUCACAGAGUACGUGGUGCGUAAUACUUGGUGGGAGCGCUACUCUCCGGUGUCCUACAAGAUCAUCAGCCGAUCUGGAAAUGAAGCAGAAUUCGCCGACAUGGUACGGCGGUGCAACAACGUCGGAGUAAGAAUUUACGUGGAUGUGGUUCUGCGCCAUAUGGGAGGAGUGUCAGCAAAUGUUCCCGGGAUAGGCGGCAGCUACGCAGAUCCAGCCCAGAAAUACUACCCAGCAAUCCCCUACUUCCCAAGGGACUUCCUGCCCGAGUGUGGGAUGACAGGAAUAAACAACCCAACGGAGAAUCGUGACUGCAGUUUAAUUGGAAUCAACGCUUUGGCACAAAGCACCGAUUAUGUACGAACAAAACAAAUAGAACUUCUUAAUAAACUUGUGGAUUAUGGUGUUGCCGGUUUUAGAAUUGACGCUGCCCAAUACAUGUGGCCUGCCAACCUCGAUUACAUCUACAGCCACGUGACAAGUCUUAAUGUCAACCAUGGUUUUCCAGCUGGUUCGAGGCCUUUCUUUUAUCAGGAGGUCAUUGACAAGACUGGAACUGGCCCAGUGCAUAGUUACGAAUACACGGACAUCGGCCGUGUGACUGAAUUCAAAUACGGAAUGGAUCUCAGCGGUUGUUUCGGAGGCAGCAAUGCAUUGAAAUGGCUGAAGAAUUUUGGCACUGAAUGGCUGCUGAUGGACAGUGAGAGCGCAGUGGCCUUUAUUGACAAUCAUGACAACCAGAGAGCAUCUGCCGCUGGUGACGUUCUUACCUUCAAAAAGCCCAAGGAAUACAAGUUCACGAACGCCGACGCCGGCCCCCCGGCCGACGGCGACGGCAACAUCCUGGACGUCUCUAUCAACGGCGACGGCGGCUGUGGCGGCGGCUGGACUUGUUUACCCCAGGGGACUUAUUGCGAUCUAAUAUCUGGUUCGAAGAGCAAUGGAAUGUGUACAGGGAAAUCUGUAAUCGUUUCUAGUGAUGGCACCGCUAAUGUCCAAAUUCUCUCUUCAGAAGAUGAUGGCGUGUUAGCCAUCACACGUGAU